AGCCAGCGCGGGGCUGCGGAUGCUCCGGCCCCGGCGGCUGGAGCGGGGCGAGCGGCACUGGGACCGACCCUCCCCAGCCUCCGACACCGGCUCUGCACCCCCACAUCCCGGCACCGACCGCCACUCCCGGUACCGGCAUCCCCCCCUGCAUCCCGCUACUGGCAUCACUCCCGCACAGGGUCCAGUUCUUCCCCACACUGGGACAAAUCCUGCUCCUUUCCCCACUGCCCGGCACCGGCACCGGCACCGUUUCCCUGCCAGCACCGGGACCAGCCCAUCUUCCCAGCAGCUCCGGGACUGUUGAUCCUUUUCCAGCACCACAACCAACCCUUCUCCAACAGCACCAGGACUCCCAUCCACCUCAGCUCUUAAAACCCACGAAUCUCAGAGCGGUGGUAACGAAGAGCUGAGCACGGUGGAGAGGAGAACCAAGCCUUCCUCAGGCACAGGGGAGCCAGCAUCCCUUUAAUCUGGCAGGGGUGGCGAGCGGUGGCCAGGCAAGACCAGCCAAGGACCAGCCCCAGUGCUUUCAGCAGCGGCAAUGCGAGCGAUGGCAGACCAGGCUGCAGCGGCGGCGGAGGCCUCUCCAACCUUGGCACCAUCCCCCGGCUCGCCUCGGCGCGGUGACAGCGAUGGGCUGACACCUCACCCCACCAGCAUGAGGGAGGACGGCAGUGGCCAGGAUGGCUGUGGGCUCCUUUUCUCCGUGGAUGGGAGCACGAAACUUCCCCCAUCGCCCCAGCCAGGAGGGAUGCUCCUGGCUGACCUCUCACGGGUCCCCCAGCCCCGGUUAAGCCCUGCCAAGUCCCACACAGCCCCGUCCUCUCCCAGCGUCUCCCCAUCGGAGAGCCGUGCUGCCCUGCUCCGGCUGCGGGAGGCCAGGCUGGAGGACACCAAGAGGAGGCUGUCGGAGGCCGUGCAGGAGCCCCUCAACCGGCUCAGCCGCCUCAUGGCCGAGGAGAGCAGCCCCACAUCCCGGGUGAAGGCAGGUGCUGGGGAGCAGGAGGUGGGGGGCCGUGGGGCUGGGGGACGCCGAGCACGGGACUGGAGCCCCUGGGAGCCCACCCUGAACUGCCGCUACGAGAUCUGCUCCUACGGGGAUGUGAUCCAGGUGGUGGAGGUGGCACAGCGGGAUGCUGAACCCCAGCUGUCACCCCCUGAGGAGCCACCGCCAGCACGGCCAGGGGGCGCGGUGCCAGGUAGAGCCCUCGCCUCCAUCACCCUGCUUGCCUACGGCUACUUCAUCCUGCCGCUGCCGCCCUACGCCGCCGGCCUCUGCCUGGGGCUCAUCUGCGGGCUGGUGCUGGGCUUCCUCGCCAUCCUCCUCCUGCUGCCAAAGACUCCACCGGUGGCACGGGGACCACGGAGCUGCCUGCGCCCCGAGCUGCUCCCGAGGGAGCCGCGGGAAAACCUCCACCUCCAGGGCUGGAUGAACCAGCUGCACGCCUACGACCCCGAGCUUUUCCACCCCUCACUCAUGCACUCAGUACACGCCACGCUGGAUGGGGCCACCCUCAAGCUUUCCUACCCCAAGAGCAACAUCCCGCGCCGAGCCACCUUCGAGGAGGAAAUCAUUGACGUUGCCUUCAUCAGCCACCGCUGCUAUGAUCUGACCGAUGCCAAGGUCUUCCUCUGCCCCUCCAGCCUGGCCCGGAAGAGGACAUGGAACAAGAAAUACCCCAUCUGUGUCCUCCUCUCUGCCCCGGUGGAUGUGGAGUGCAGGAGCAGUGAGGAGCAGGACGCAGAGCUGCAGAAGGGUGAAGGGAUGAAGAAGGCACCAGCACCGGGGCAGGAUGUCCCGGGAGACUGCAGGGAGAGGUGCCUCUACCUCUUUGGGCGGACGGGGAGAGAUAAGGAGGAGUGGUACCAGCACCUCGUGCGAGCCUCCCGUGGGACCCCUGGCAGCAGCUGCAGUGAAGCCAGGGCAGGUGUGGGACCGACUCUUCUGAGCAGCGGCAGCAGCAGUGGCGGGAGCGCGGAAGACAUCCCCUCUGCCAUCCCACCCAAGGACCUGGUGGGAAGCGUCCGACAGAAGAUCUUCCUCGAUUACAGCACCUACAUGGCGCAGUGCCUGCCGGCGCAGGCGGGCAGCCCGGAGCGGAGCCCCUCACAUGGUGCGCUGGGCAGCCCCAUGCCCACAAAGCUUGGUGAGGACACAGCGGGGCGCAGCGAGCCGUGCAUGGCCUGGAUGAAUGCGCUGGUGGGGCGCAUCUUCUGGGACUUCCUCCGGGAGCAAUACUGGGCUGAGCAGGUCUCCAACAAGAUCCAGAAGAAGUUGAGCAAGAUCAAGCUCCCGUAUUUCAUGAACGAGCUGACGCUGACAGAGCUGGACAUGGGCACAUCCAUCCCUUCAGUCCUCAGCGCCUCCAACCCCAUCAUCAAUGACCGAGGGCUCUGGGUGGACAUGGAGGUCACCUACAGCGGCUCAUUGCAGAUGACACUUGAGACAAAGAUGAACCUCUGCAAGCUGGGGAAGGAGAGUGCUGCAGAGGAGAGCAGCCCAGCAGAGGCAGGCGGAGAGGGGGCCAGGCCACGGCUGAUCCUGCUGGCAGACAGCGACGCCGAGUCAUCCAGCGCCGGCUCCUCCGAUGAGGAAGAUGUUGCCACCACUGAGCCUGCAGGAGCCCCAGGGGAGCGGGUCCCACCACCCGGCACUGAGGGCCACAUCAGCGGCAACAGUACGAGCCGGAAGAUCCUGCGUUUUGUGGAUAAGAUCGCCAAGUCCAAGUACUUCCAGAAGGCCACUGAAAAUGAGUUCAUCAAAAAGAAGAUUGAGGAGGUUUCCAAUACGCCACUGCUGCUGACGGUGGAGGUGCAGGAGCUGGCAGGCACCUUGGCUGUGAACAUCCCCCCACCGCCAACGGACCGUGUCUGGUACAGCUUCCGAGUCCCACCCCAGCUGGAGCUGAAGGUGCGCCCAAAGCUGGGCGAGCGGGAGGUGACGUUCCUCCAUGUCACUGAGUGGAUUGAGAAGAAGCUGAAGCAUGAAUUUCAGAAAAUUCUGGUGAUGCCAAACAUGGACGAUCUCAUCAUUCCCAUCAUGCGCUCUGGCCUGGAUCCACAGCCGCCCACUGAGGGACCACCCAGGGACCUCCCAGCCAAGGCAGAGAAGAGGCUUUGAAGCACAACGAGCAGGGCAGAGACACUGCACAGAGCUCAGGGACCUCACUGGGACCCGGAGCAAGCCAUGGCCUGGUGCUGGCUGCAUCCCAGGCUACGCCAGGGGGUCUAAGCUUCUUGGUUCAUCUCAACCUCAGCACUUUUGUAGACAAGCCUCCUCCUUAAAUACUGCAAGCACAUCUUCAGAGCCGAACCAGCCCCAGGGCAAGGGGUUUUCUGGAGGCCCAAGAACUUCAUGCACCUCCUACCAGGUUCCCAGGACUCCUGGUCAAGGGGGCAACUCUGGACCACUGGAGGGCUUGCCUUUCCACUGUCUGGUUCCCAAAGAGGGUGCAGGACGCCCAGACCAGUUCUGCACCGAAGGAGUUGUGAUCACCGCUGAUCCAAGGCAUCACAGCUCCAAGACGCAUCACACCCUCCCCGCAGGCAGCUGGACUGCAAGGAAAACAUGGGUGCAAAAUGAGUCCCAAAUCUGAAUAAAUCCAUCACUGACCUCUUACCUCGCAGCCAUC